UCUCUUGCACUAAGCAACAAAGCAAGUAAGACCGUGGGCCAUGGCCGCCGCCGUGCGCCGCUCGCGCAUGGUCGGCCUACUCGUCGGCGCCUCCCGCCCAAACCCUAGACCCUUCGCCUCCAUCCCCUCUCCCCCGGCGACCGCUCGCCAGGACGACGACAGCGACCUCCUGUCGCGGCGGCUCCUCCGGAUCGCAAGAAAGAGCGGGCCGACCGCCGCCGUCGAGAGAUGGGCACAGGAGCGCGGCCGCGUCUCGCGGCCGGAGCUCCGACGUGCCGUCGACCGGCUACGCCGCGCGCGCCGCUACGAGCACGCCCUCGAGAUUUCAUCAUGGAUGGACUCAUGCGAUGAUUUUAAAUUCUCACCCUCAGAUCAUACAGCUAGACUGGAUUUGAUUGCGAGAGUUCAUGGUACUUCUCAGGCUGAGGAAUACUACAAAAAACUAACUACUGCUGCUUCCAAGAAGGCUGCAUCAUUCCCGCUGCUCCAUUGCUAUGUUACAGAAAGAAAUGUUCAGAAAGCUGAAAGCUUCAUGGCUGAGCUGCAGAGCUGUGGACUGCCUGUCGAACCUUAUUCUUUCAAUGAAAUGAUGAAACUAUAUAUUGCAACAUGCCAGUAUGGGAAGGUCCUGAGAGUAAUUGAUCUGAUGAAGCGGAAUAACAUCCCAAGAAAUGUUGUGUCCUACAACAUUUGGAUGAAUGCAUGUGCUGAGGUCUCUGGUGCAGCCUCAGUACAAUCAGUAUUCAAGGAAAUGCUGAAUGAUGAUAUGGUUGAGGUUGGUUGGAGCACAUACUGCACAUUAGCUAACAUCUUCAGGAAGUAUGGACUGAACAGUAAAGCUCUUGCAUGCCUUAGAACGGCUGAAACAAAGUUAUCGUCAACAAAGCGCUUAGGGUACACUUUCAUAAUGACAUGUUAUGCAGCCCUGAACGACAUAGAUGGGGUUAUGAGGCUGUGGGAGGCUAGUAAAAGUGUUCCAGGGAGAAUACCUGCUAAAGAUUACAUGACUGCUAUGUUAUCUUUGAUAAAAGUUGGUGAUGUUGGUCAGGCCGAGUGGAUCUUUGGAAGCUGGGAAGCAGAAUGCAGGAAACAUGAUGUGCGGGUUUCAAAUGUUCUCCUUGGUGCUUAUGUGAGGAAUGGGUGGAUCGAGAAGGCUGAGGGGCUCCAUCUCCACAUGCUUGAGAAAGGUGCAAAUCCAAAUUACAAAACAUGGGAAAUACUGAUGGAAGGAUUUGUUCAGAGUAAGCAGAUGGAUAAAGCUGUCAAUGCCUUGAAGAAAAGUUUAUCUUUGUGGAAGAGUUGCCAUUUGAGGCCUCCACUUGAGCUGUUGGAGGCCAUUGCAAAAUAUUUUGAGGAGCAAGGCAGGGUGGAUGGUGCCGAUACAUUCAUAAAGGCUCUUCAAGAGUUUAACUUGACAAGCUUACCGUUGUACAAGUCCUUGCUUCGGAUCUAUAUUAAUGCUGAUUUUGUACCGCAAAAUAUUCCUCAGAUGACAGCACAAGAGAUCAAAUAGCCAUGGACGAAGAAAUGGACCAGUUAAUCACAAGGGCCAGCAUGAUUUUAUCACAGGAUAUGAGUAAUGAACCGUAACUCCUUAUGAGGCACACAUGGCAAACACAAUUCCCCUGACCUGUCUUUGUCCAUUGCAGCCAAAAAAGACGCAGAAUUACCCUCAGAACCUACAGAUUAGAGUGAGAACAGUGCGCUGUGCUGCAUUACUUAAGUAGGCAACUGAUUUGAUCCAAUUACGGUGUUCUGAGGGAAAAAAAAUUCUUGGCGGGAAGCCAGGGAGGAUAGAACGACUCUUGUCUUUGUCCAUUGGCAUGAUACAUGGGAGGAAGCGUGUGAAAUGCAGCUGGUUUGACCCCAUCCCUGGAGAUUUUGGUGGAAUUGAGACAUGCUGCUGCUGCCGUCUGAUGCCAUCAAAACUAUGGCAGAAGAAAGUUCAUGCAUGCACAGGGCUCUUCAUUCUUCAGUCUUCAAAUUGAACCUAUGCACAAAAUUUGACAUGACGAGUACACGUUUUAACACCAGAAAUGCAUCCAGUUAAAAAAACGAUACGCUAGGAAAAUAGUAUUGUCAGGUUUACCUGCAAAAUAGGGAACAUUAUACAAUUUCAAUACAUAUUGAGGUUUCGGCACCUAAACCUCUCCAUUUUCAACAAUCUAUACUUUGUUAGAUCUCUUACUUAACGCCUUCCUUUAUUCAGAACAGCUCUCAUCCAAACUUAUGAAGGAUCCUAUACACAAAUUUAAAUAAAUUGGACGAUGGCAAUCAUAAGAGACUAAAGGUACUUUCCAAGUUGAGUCCUCAUAAAAUAAGAUUUGCUAAAUUCUUCUUUAAACUGGGCACCAACAUCACAUGUAAAUGAACCUGUUAGUAACUUAAUUGAAUGUCCCUAGAUUUCAACAUGCAACAUUUGAGGAAAUGGCUAAAGGAUGUUAGUGACAAAGCAAAAAUGGGUAGUGACGUACAGCCAGCAGACCAGCAAUGAAAUAAUCCUGAAGGUAUUUAAAUUAGCAGGGAAUGAUAUAACCUGUGGUCAAAGCUCAUCUACUUAUAAGCAUACGAAUUUUUGAAUUUUAAACUUAAUUUUAGAGUUCAUUUUGUGUGAGUGUGGGA